AUGGAAUCUACCGAAAAUCAACAAUCUACCGAAACGAAACAACAAUCUACCAUACGAGUAAGCAAAUCUCCCACCGGAGAAGAAUUAGUAACUGAGACAAUAACCACUUACACUACCACAACGAUCACAGUUCCAGUUCCAGUAGAAGAAACAGUUACUACUUAUACAACAAUCGAAACCCCUGUAACUGCGGUUGAAGAGAAAAUCACUAAAGAGGAAAUACCAAAAACCCAUAUCAAAGAGACAGCGAUCGAAACAGUAGUCUCUAAUGAAAUUGAAGAGAAAAUUGCAGCAGCUCCUACUACCGAAUUCGAGGAGAAAAUUACACCUCCAGCAAUUACUAAAGAGGAAAUACUGAAUACACAUGUCAAAGAGACAACGAUCGAAGCAGUAGUCUCUACUACAGUUGAAGAGAAAAUUGCAGCCCCUGUAGUAGAAGCAACUACUACUACCGAGGUCGAGGAGGAAAUUACAUCCCCAGCAAUUACUAAAGAGGAAAUAUCAAACACAGAGACAACGAUCGAAGCAGUAGUCUCUACUACAGUUGAAGAGAAAAUUGCAGCCCCUGCAGUAGAAGCAACUACUACUACCGAAGUCGAGGAGGAAAUUACACCCCCAGCAAUUACUAAAGAGGAAAUACCAAAAACCCAUGUCAAAGAGACGACAACCGAAACAAUAAUAGUAGAUCCUGUGGCACCUAUAGUGGAAAAGAAAAGUGUAGAAAAUGUUGCAGCAAAAGUAGUCGAAGAAAAAGAAAAUUUAUCAAAAAGAAAAAAAUCGGAAGGAAGCAGUACAGAAACUGCAAUAGAAAAAAAAGAACAAAUUGAUAUUGAGAAAGGACCAAAUAAUAACGACGAUAAAGAUCAUGUGGCAGUAAAGUUGAAUCCGACAGAAUUCGCACUGGUCAUGAUUGGGCUUGGAUUCGGUAUGUUUUUGGCUGCUCUCGAUCAAACGAUCGUCGCUACAGCAUUACCCAAAAUCGCGUCAGAUUUUAAAUCGUUUAAUCAAAUUUCUUGGGUUGCAACGUCAUAUCUUUUAACUACGACUGCAUUUCAACCUACCUAUGGGAAAUUUUCUGAUAUUUUCGGCAGAAAAGCCGUAUUUUUAUUCUCAAUUAUUACGUUCGAACUUGGUAGUCUACUAUGUGGUCUCGCGCCAGGGAUUAUAUCAAUGAUCAUCUUUCGUGCAAUCGCCGGUAUCGGUGCUGGCGGUAUUUUUAGUCUUGUCUUGAUAAUAAUUUCUGAUUUAGUAACGCUCAAAGAACGUGGGAAAUACCAAGGUCUUAUCGGUGGUUGUUACGGUAUCUCAUCAUUAGUUGGUCCAUUACUUGGCGGUGCAUUCACUGAUCACGUUACUUGGAGAUGGUGUUUCUUUAUAAAUUUACCUUUGGGUGCCAUUACAAUUAUUUCUGUUGUUUUCUUAUUACGUUUACCUAAACCUAAAGGAGGGUUAAGAGAAAAACUAAAAAGAAUUGAUUGGUGGGGAAUUUCAGUUGUUGUCUUGGCUACCGUUGCUCUUUUGCUUCCAUUAAGUUGGGGUGGCGAUAAAUAUGAUUGGGAUAGUCCAAUUAUUAUUGUUUUAUUAAUAGUUGGUAGUCUACUAUAUAUUCUUUUUGGAUAUAUUGAAGGUUGGAUAGCAGUUGAACCACUUGCACCCGGCCGUCUAUUCAAAACUCGUUCUGUGGCUGCAUGUUUCGGUGUAAACUUCUUCCAAGGGAUGUCUUUCUUUGCUAUGAUUUAUUAUGUCCCGGUAUAUUUCCAAGUCGUAAAAAAUGAAUCGGCUACCGCUUCCGGACUGGAGUUAUUACCUUAUGUUUUGGGUGUUGUACUCGCAUCUAUCUUUUCUGGUCAAGCCAUGUCAAGAUAUGAAGAACUUUCAAAACAAUGGAUAUGUCUUGUGGGUGCAGCUUUUAUUACUAUUGGUGCUGGGCUUGUUAGUAUUUUGACAGAAGAUUCAAAUCGUGGAGAACAAAUUGGCUUCUUGUUAAUAACUGGUCUUGGUGUUGGUUUAAUUAUGCAAACUACCUUAUUAUCUGGACAAUCAGCUGUUGAUUACUUUGAUAUCGCGACUGUGACUUCAAUGUUGAGCUUUUUCCGUUUAAUCGGCGCUGUAUUCGGAGUAGCAAUAAUCGGAACAAUUUUCAAUAAUGAACUCGCCAAAAAAGUCGAUCCACUAAAUCUCGGUAUUCACAUCGUUGAAGCAAUCAAAAAAUCUCCGACAUCUAUCUAUGAAUUCGAUCUAACUCGACCUCAAAAAAGCCAAGUAAUACACGCGUACGUCAAAGCAUUAGACGCUGCCUUCCUAAUUGUGGUACCGAUGGGUAUUUUGUGUUUCUUGUGUGCUUUGGCAAUAGGAAAGAAUAAGAAGCGGAAAUCUGAUGCAGAAGUGACUAUGUUUAGCGAGUAA